AUGCGCAUUACGGUUGCCACAUGUUCACUCAACCAAUGGGCCUUGGACUUUGAAGGAAAUCUCGAACGAAUCCUUGAAAGUAUUCGAAUCGCCAAACAAAAGGGUGCAAAGCUUCGUGUUGGCCCUGAAUUGGAAAUCACUGGUUACGGAUGUCAUGAUCAUUUUCUCGAAGGUGACACAUAUUUACAUUCAUGGGAAGUACUGGCUUCAAUUUUACAAAGUGAAGAAGCCAAGGACAUGAUCUUGGAUAUCGGCAUGCCUGUGAUGCACAAGACAGUAAAAUAUAACUGCCGUGUUAUAAUUUCAGACGGCCGAAUUGUAUUGAUCAGACCAAAGAUGUUCCUUGCCAACGACGGCAAUUAUCGUGAACUGCGAUUAUUUACUCCAUGGAUGCCGAAGAAAGUCGAAGAAUACUAUCUCCCUCGAAUGAUCCAAAAGAUCACCAACCAGACAACGGUACCUUUUGGUGAUGCUGUCAUUAGCACUCUAGACACUUGUAUUGGUUGCGAAACUUGUGAAGAACUAUUUACUCCUGACAGUCCUCACAUCAAUAUGGGAUUGGAUGGUGUUGAAAUCUUUACCAAUAGCAGUGGAAGUCAUCAUGAGCUUCGCAAGCUCCAUACUCGUGUUGAACUGAUGAAGGCUGCUACACAAAAGGUUGGUGGUGUGUAUUUGUACGCCAACCAACAAGGCUGUGAUGGAGAUCGUCUCUAUUACGAUGGAUGUGCCAUGAUCUUAGUCAACGGAAAGAUCGUGGCCCAAGGAACUCAAUUCUCUCUCAAUGACGUCGAAGUAGUUACGGCAACAAUUGAUCUUGAAGAUGUGCGCUCCUACCGUUCCCGCAUGACCAGCCGCGGUAUGCAGGCAUCGAGAUCAGAAGCGUAUCGUCGUGAGCAAGUCAAAAUUUCCCUGUCUCAUCCAGACAUGGACAGCGAUAUCCAUCUCCGCCCUAGCCGCCAAAGAGAACCAUUCUAUCACACACCCGAAGAAGAAAUCGCACUUGGUCCUGCCUGUUGGCUGUGGGACUACCUGCGCAGAUCAAAGACGGCUGGUUACUUCUUGCCUUUGAGUGGAGGUAUCGACAGUUGCGCUACAGCAACAAUCGUAGCCUCCAUGUGCCGACUUGUGGUCGCUGCCUCACAAGCAGGCAACAAACAGGUCCUUGAAGACGCACGUCGGAUGGCAGGUGAAUGCGAAUCCUAUGUUCCUUCAGAUCCUCGCGAGUUCGCCAACCGGAUCUUCUACACUUGCUACAUGGGUACAGAGCACUCUAGCAAGGAAACUCGCCAGAGAGCCAAAGAUUUGGCAAGUGUUAUUGGUAGCUACCACACUGAUCUGGACAUGGAUUCUGUGGUCGUUUCGAUCCACAGCUUGUUCUCGUUUGUGACAGGAAAGACUCCUCGCUACCGCGUUCACGGCGGCACUCCGGCAGAGAACCUAGCCCUGCAAAAUAUCCAGGCACGUUUGCGUAUGCUACUAGCCUAUCUUUUUGCUCAAAUGAUGCCCUGGGUUCGUUCCAAACAAGGUGCCCUGCUUGUCCUGGGUAGUGCCAAUGUUGACGAGAGUUUGCGUGGAUACCUGACAAAGUACGAUUGUAGUAGUGCGGAUGUCAACCCUAUUGGUGCCAUAUCAAAGACAGAUCUGACAAGCUUUAUUGGGUACGCUCGAGAUGCAUUCGAUAUGCCAAUCCUUGGCUCCUUUUUGGAUGCCACACCUACUGCUGAAUUAGAGCCAAUUACUGAGAACUACACGCAGUCUGAUGAAGUUGAUAUGGGUAUGACUUACAAGGAGUUGUCUCAAUAUGGUCGUCUGCGCAAGGUAGAACAAUGCGGUCCAUUCUCCAUGUUUUACAAGCUAGUUCACGAGUGGGGAGAAAAGAUGCGUCCCACUGAGGUGGCAGCCAAAGUAAAGCGAUUUUUCUUUUAUUACUCAAUUAAUCGCCACAAGAUGACUACUCUGACACCAUCUUACCAUGCUGAAGCCUACAGUCCAGACGACAACAGAUUUGAUUUGCGUCCGUUUUUGUACAAUGCUUCGUGGAAGUGGCAAUUUGGAAAGAUCGAUAGAGCUGCUGCUGCUCUGGAAAGUGGCAGUAGCCAUACAAAAGAAUUGGUCGAUAUAAACAGCCAAGUAGAUUAAGUAUAGCUUUGGAAUUCACAUAUACGCACACGUACACUUUUGAUUAAAUGUCAAGAUUUCUUUUUUCCCUCU